AAUGGUUUUUGGAUGAAUUUUGAACAAAAGAAAAAAUAUUAAAGAGAGAAAAUAAAAAGGAAUACAAAAGAAAAAAAGAAAAUUGUGAUGCAAAGAAACUUAAAAUUAAGCAAUUUAUUUAGAUUUGUGAUGUGUUAAGGAAAAGUGCUCUAAUAGUUGCUUAAAAUAAAUUGAUAAUAAUUAUAAAAAAAAAAUAUUGGUAGUGUGAAGUAAAAGGCUUGUGAAAAUUUUGUUUUUAAAAUUUGGAUUUUAUUUUGCCCAUCUUGGCUUUUAGUUUAUGAAAAUAUGGGGAGUUCCGUAAUAUUGAUUUCAAUUUUUACACCAUUACUCUUCUCAAUUAUUUUAACUUUAGAAGUUGAUGGGGAGACAAAUACAUAUUUUAAUGAUGAAAUAAAUGAACCACCACCACAAAUGGAAACGUUUAAUAAUUACGAGGAAAUGCGAAAAUAUUUGGAAAACAAUUCAAAUGUUGAAUUAAUAGACAAUCCUACUUUUGAUACUUAUUUAUCUGCAUAUAAUUUGCAUCAUAAUAAAGAAAAUAAGCCGGAAACAUCACAAAGUUUAUCUAUGCAAAAGCGGUCAAAACGACGUGCAUUGCCAUUUCCUUAUGAUUUUAUAAAAUUUGAAUUGUCAGAUGCCAGAGAACCUGAUGCAAUUACAAAAGAAUUUUUAAAAAAAUAUCGUGAAAAUGAGCGUAAAAGUAAAGAAACAGCUCGAGUCAAUGACCGUGGACGAGCAGGAAAAAAAUUUGAAGACACCUUAAAAUUAGAAAAUUUUACUCAAUUUGAAUUGGAUGAAAUUAUUUCGACGACAACGCAACAAACUCUUCUGCAAAGUAAUAAAACUUUAACAACUCCGAAAACUAAUAAAAUACGAAGAAUAGCAAGACGUAUUGCACGUAAAAAAAUAAAUCAAACUGCAUCGAUUAAAAGAAUUGACACUAAUAUAGAAGAAACCUCAAAUCAAUCUAAAGACGAUGAUUUAGAAAUCCAUGAAACUCAAAAUGUUCAUUAUUAUGCAGCUGCACCAACUGGAGAAGGUAUGACUAAACACAAAAUAUCGAAUAUAUUUCCACAUGAAGUUCAUAAAGCUAUCGAUUUCGUAUUAGCCGAAAAUAAACAAGCUCAAUCCACAUCACAUGUUAAUAGUGGUAAAGGGGCACAUUUAAAAUUUAUUCAAAUUCCAAUUUACCAUAAACAACCAUACUAUGGUGAUAAAAUAGCAUUAUAUCAAGCAACUAAAGUAAGCAAUAAACAUCAUCCAAGCGAUUAUGAUGAAGCUUAUAAUAAAUAUUUACAUUCGUAUUCAUUACCUUUAACAGCAACUAAUGUAGAAUUUAAACAAUCACCGCAACAACAUCAACAACAACUCCAAGGCAUUUCUGAAGAAAAAAAGAAUCCUCAUUAUAGUUUACAAAGUCAUCAACAUCCACAUUAUAGCACUUACAAUCAAUAUCAUCAACAGCAUCCAAAAUAUUACACAAUACAAACACCAACAGCUAAUUCUUUACUUUCACAGCAACACGAAAAUUCUUUGCAUGAAACUAAACAAUAUGCACCUCCUUCUAAUAUUCCUGUAGCAACUUCACAUCAAAAUCAAAUGCUUGAUGCAAGUAUGAGUAAUGUUAAUUCAGGUCAAACUAAAAUAAUGGAAAAUAAUUUAAGUCAAAAUCAUGAAACAGGUGCUUUAACUGCAUUACCAGAAAUUAAUCAAGUUCAUACAAUAAUUCAACCACAGGCUGUUGCGGUAAAAGUUAUACCAGAAAUUAAUUAUGUUUUUCAUCAAGAUAUUGCAGCCACUCCAGUCACUUUAAAACUUACACAAUCAAAUGCACCAAUAUCAACUUAUACAGCCCCAUCUGCACCAAUGAAAAUAUUAAAUGACGAUAGUAAUGAUAAAUCAGUUCAAACUAUUGAUAUGGAAAAAUCAGUUAUGCCACAAUAUACAUACAAAAAUUAUGAUCCCCAUGUAUAUGCACCAAUAAGUUUACAAAAUGAGAUGUUGGCUAAAGCAGUAUUAAUAAAUCAUGGAUAUAAAUUUGAUGAUUUAACAAACACAGCUGGUAGUACAGAUGGUAACGCAGGUAAUAUUCCAGGAAAAAAUAAUAUCGAAGCCAGUAGUCCUGAUGUAGACGAUUUAAAUGAAAAAUAUUCCAUUAAACAAUCACCAUCUCCAUCACCAUCACAGUUAUAUAUCCCUUCAACAACACCAAUCAAUUAUCAUAGUUAUUUACAUAGUACUACAGAAAUAGCACCAUUAGAACAAAAACUACAUAAGCAACAUAAUGGGCAAACAAAACAAUAUCACAAACAAUUAUUAAGUAUUACCACACCAAGCAAUUAUAUUGAAAAUUCAACACCGCAUUCACAUACCAAUACCAAUAAUAAUAAUAAUAAUAAUAAUAAAAAUAAUGAUAAAGAAUCACAUUUUGAGACUAGCAGUCAACAUUAUAAUGAAUUAUCAUCAUUAAUUGGUAAAUCUCCAACAGAUCAAAUACAUGGUUUAAAUUAUUUAAUUGAAAAAGAAUUACAAAAUAAUCAAUUUAAACCUAAAGAUAAAGUACGACCGCAAGACAAUCGCGCCCCAAUACUAUUUCAUCCAGAUUCAAAAAAUGGUGGUGAUAAUUUUAGAGGGAAAAGUGUCUAUAUUAAUGAAUAUGGUUAUAAGCAAAUAAAAAAUGAGAAUUCCGCUUCAUCAGGUACAAUGAUUACAUCAACAGAGAAACCUAUUAAAGAAGAAGAACAACAGCAGCAUGAUAUUAAUAGUGUUGUUCAUAUAACACCACCACCACAAUCACCGGCAACCUCAUAUAAACAUAUCUAUAAUUUAUCACCAAAUUAUAAAAUUGGUACAAAGUUAUAUGGUUUAAAUGCUUUUAAGGAUACAAGUGGCCAUGGGUUACAAUAUGCAUCAAAAUAUGCUUUUGGUUAUAGAGUACGAGAUUUUCAUACUGGAAAUGAUUUUGGUCAUAAACAGAAACGUGACCAUGAUGGUGUUACCAGAGGUGAAUAUCAUAUACUGUUACCAGAUGGUCGAGUACAAAAUGUUCGUUAUACAGCUGAUGAUUCUGGUUUUCAUGCUGAUGUUAGCUUUGAAUCAGGACCUUAAAAUAUUCUAUAUAUAAUUAUCAUUUAAAUUUUUUAAUUUAAAAUUGUUAAUUAUUACAAAAAAAUUCAUGUGUUCAAUAAUUUAACCAUCC